UGACGACUUUAAUUUUCCUCUGGAGCUGUGUUCCAUGGGGUGUGCAGAGCCUGGGAACAGUGAGGGCAUUAGGACCAGGAUCGAGGCGCAUGCCUGGCUCGGGCUGUGUCUGGCAGAGGGCUCCGGGCUGCGCGCGGAGCUAUGUGUGAAAGGAAAUCAGGCACUGCCUGCCGGCUUCUCAUCUGUUGAUCUGACCUGACUUGAAGCGUCCAGCACGACCGCUGUCAGCACUGCUGGAGGGAGGACUCACCAGCUCCCCCCGGACAUCGCAUAGCAACCUGACCACUCGUGCAAGGGGGGAAACGAAACACACGGGAUUAGACACCUGAGCAGAAUGGAAUCAUUGCUUUUUUCCAAGGAGAAAAGGGGGCCAAACAAUUUAAUUUGAAGUCCCCGUGAAUGGGCUUUUCGAAGGCAAUUAAAGAAAUCCACGCAGAGAGGACCCGGGGUGGGCCUUGGGUCCCGUGGCUUUCAGACUGUAAGUGGGAGCUGGCCUUACACACGCUGUUGGUACAUGGCAGACGGCAUCAAAGGAGCAGGUGAAGUGAUUGUCCAAACACUUCCAGGUGGAACCAGGAGCCCAGUUCUGCUGCAAGCUCCACGGAUCCUGGAGCAGGAGGCGACAGCAAACUUGAACAUGACCUGUUGCAUUUGGCAAGUUCCGGCAACAUGCUCCUAAGGAAGCGAUGCAGGCACGGACCCUGCAGACUGCAGUUCCUGCUGCUCUUCCUCAUGCUGGGGUGCGUGCUGCUGAUGGUGGCUGUGCUGCACCCUCCCCCGCAGGCCCUGGACCAGGCCGUCACGGCCCAGGCCGCCCAGCACAGCCCUGACGCUGGGUACCGCCUGGACUUCGGGGAAUCCCAGGAAUGGGUGCUGGAGUCCGAGGAUGAGGACCAAGACUACGGGCCCUUGGAGGGCCUGCCGCCCUUGAUCUCGCUGCGGGAGGAUCAGCUCCUCAUGGCCGUGGCCUCACCCAGGGUCCGAAGGAACCAGAGCCAGGGCAGGAGAGGUGGCAGCUACCGGCUCAUCAAGCAGCCGAGCAGGAGGCUGGACCAGGAGGCCGCAGAGAAGGACUGGGGGGCGGAGGAGGAGGACGAGGAGGCAUCUGAAGAAGAUGCGCUGACCACGCUCAGCCUGGAGGAGACGCUCAGCGCCCGCAUCCCCCUGCAGAGGGCGCUGCCCGAGGUACGGCAUCCGCUGUGUCUGCAGCAGCACCCUGAGGACAGCCUGCCCACGGCCAGCAUCAUCCUCUGUUUCCACGACGAGGCCUGGUCCACCCUCCUGAGGACGGUGCACAGCAUCCUGGACACGGCGCCCAGGGCCUUCCUGAAGGAGGUCAUCCUCGUGGACGACCUCAGCCAGCAAGGACAGCUCAAGACCGCUCUCAGCGAGUAUGUGGCCAGGCUGGAGCGGGUGAGGCUGCUCAGGAGCAGCAAGCGCCUCGGUGCCAUCGGGGCCCGGAUGCUGGGCGCCACCAGGGCCACUGGGGACGUGCUGGUCUUCAUGGACUCCCACUGCGAGUGCCACCCGGGCUGGCUGGAGCCCCUCCUCAGCAGAAUAGCUGGUGACAGGAGCCGGGUGGUGUCUCCAGUCCUAGAUGUGAUUGACUGGAAGACUUUCCAGUAUUACCCCUCCAAGGACCUGCAGCGGGGUGUGCUGGACUGGAAGCUGGAUUUCCACUGGGAGCCUUUGUCGGACAGUGAAAGGAAGGCCCUCCUGUCCCCCAUCAGCCCCAUCAGGAGCCCUGUGGUGCCCGGCGGGGUCGUGGCCGUGGACAGACAUUACUUCCAAAACACUGGAGCGUAUGACCCUCUCAUGUCACUGCAGGGUGGUGGAAACCUCGAACUGUCUCUCAAGGCCUGGCUUUGCGGUGGCUCGGUUGAAAUCCUUCCCUGCUCUCGGGUGGGGCACAUCUACCAAAAUCAGGAGGCUAACUCCCCACCUGACCAGGAGGCCACCCUGCUGAACAAGGUUCGCAUUGCUGAGACCUGGCUGGACUCAUUCAAAGAAACCUUCUACAGGCACAGCCCAGAGGCCUUCGCCCUGAGCAAGGCUGAGAAGCCAGACUGCACAGAACGCCUGCAGCUGCAGAGGAGACUGGGUUGUCGAACGUUCCACUGGUUUCUGGACAAUAUCUACCCUGAGCUGUACCCAUCCGAGCGCAGGCCCAGGUUCUCUGGAAAGCUCCACAACACCGGACUUGGCUUCUGUGCAGACUGCCAGGCAGAAGGGGACCUCCUGGGCUGUGCCAUGAUGCUGGCUCCUUGCAGUGACAGCCGGCGGCAACAGCACCUGGAGCACACCGGCAGGAAGGAGAUCCACUUUGGAAGCCCACAGCACCUGUGCUUCGAUGUCAGGCGAGAGCAGGUGAUUCUUCAGAACUGCACCGUGGAAGGCCCUGCCAUCCACCAGCAGCACUGGGACUUCCAGGAGAAUGGAAUGAUUGUUCACAUUCUUUCUGGGAAAUGCAUGGAAGCUGUGGUGCAGGAAAACAAUAAGGAUUUGUACUUGCGUCAGUGUGAUGGAAAAGCCAGCCAGCUGUGGCAAUUUGACAAUGUCCACGCUGUGGAUGAACGAUGAAUGCCAGUGUCUGAAGGAAAAGAGAAGAUUGGUCCUCACAGUUCAGUGACAAGAGAGCUAAGAAAGCAUGUGUAUCCCAUGAAGCACAUCCUCUGUGUUUGUACUCCUUGUGAUAGCAGAGAAGAAGGCUCCAUGAAUGAGUGUAGAAAGUCUUUCCCUUCUCGCACCUAUGCCAUUGACUGCUGGCUAUUUUUGAAAAAGAAAACAAAAUACACACACACACACACACAUUGUCUUCAUCACUGGUAGAUGAUCAUUACAUAGUACAGAAGAUUCUUCAUUUUCUUCAAUGGGCAUGUAUGUAAUAAUUGCUUUUAUCUCUAAGAAGAGAGGCCUGGACAUUCUCUGCUAGCACUUCCAGGAUGCAUAAAUCCAAUUGAUCAAUUUAUUUCAAAUGGCCUUACCUUGGAUUGUCUGUGUAACCAACUAUGGAAAUUAAAGUGUAAAGAGAGCAUAUGGCCUGGCAUACAAAAAACUCUGGAUUAAGCCUAUUAGGACAGGGAAAUUUCAUGUUUCCUGGUUGAGCCCUAGCUCAGAAGAAGGAAGGGAAGCUACGGAGAGAAGAGCAGGAUUGGAGAGAAGAUAGAAGAGAGCUUUGAACCAGACCUCCAGCUCAGCCUAGCAGCUGAAAAGCAGCAAACCUGGGAUAGGACAUUUUCAUGUUAAUGAGAAUUUUCUCAGAACUUUCUACCUCCAUUCACCCUGCCCUAGCCCUUUCCCAAUUUGGUGAACCACAACCAGAUUCCCAUGCAAUAUAUUUCUCUUUAGUCAUUGGUCUUUAGAAGGGUCAGCUCAGACUGAGGAUUCCCAUGAACAAAAGUGCAUACACUUGAGAAACUUUCUCGAUGCUCUGUUACAGGGUUUGUAUUGACUGGAUCAGAAAUAGCAAUCUUUGCAAAGAGGCAAACCUCUCUGAGGGGAAAUAUCAGUGUCUGAGCCAAAAUUCUUAUGAGAGGAGCCAGAGUUGGGUGUUAAUGUUUAUGGGGGGUGGUGGUGAUAGAGCCAUUUCUGGGCCUGUAGGAACUGUCUGGGACCUCUAAGCAUGCCCAUAGGUUGAACAUUGACAACUGUGGGAGGAACACACCUCCAGUAGAGCAGAGCCACUGGCUCUUCUUGCUGUGACCCGGCCUAGUGUGACCAUACGAGUUGAUGAGUGGGGUUGUUUCUGCUAUUGAGAAGACACCAUUCAUGCCCAUUUCUCCUCCAGAUAGAGUUCCCUCUUCACAUGCUCAGCUUAGAAACCUCCCCUCAAAGAUGCUGGUCUCCUUUGGGCUGCUUCAGAAUGCAGUGUGUUUCAAAUAAGGAAAACUAGAUAGGAAGUGAGGGUUUCUAAACAAUGCCUAUCAUAAUUAUGUAUUCCUUCUUCUACUUAAGUCAAUGAUUCACUCACUGCGUUUCUCCUUCCUCAGAAGGCACUUUAGACCUGCGCUAGUAGCUACUAGCCACCUGUGGCUAUCUAUUUGUAAAUACAUUAAAAUGAAAGAAAAUGUCAACUCAGCUCUUCAGUUGUAUUGGUCACAUUUCAAGUGCUCAAUAGUCUCAUGUGGCUAGGGGCAACUGUUUUAGAGAGCACAGAUAUAGACCAUUUUAUCAUUGCAAACAGUUCUAUUGGAUAGCACUGAUCUACAUAAGUCCAUCCUCCCAUCAAGAGAAGAAAUCUCAGCCAUCGUCUUCUUCUUUCAGGCUUGUCUAUAUUUAAAAUGAAUUCCUCUAAUAUCUUGAGGUGGAGACCAAGCUAAUAAAGGGUAUUAUUAGCUUGUAAAGGGUAUUAAUGAUUGAAAAAAAUUAAACAAGACCUUUAUUUUUUUAAAGGAACUUUAUUAUUGGUACUGUGGGUAUUUGAAGUUGCUGGAAUGAAUUAAUAUAAUUAAAUAAAAGGCUGAAUUCAAUUGAA